AAAACGAAACAAAGAAGUUCUGAAUCGAGAAGUUAUGGAAGAUGCAGACUUAUACAGGGAUUCCAUACAGGGAACUUGUCAAUUUAAGUGUCCAGAGAAAGAAAUAGACUUAAGGCAAAGAGAAGAACUUUUGCACCCCUUGGAAGGCGUAAAGGAUGAAAAUGGGAGGUUUGUGUGUAUACGCUCCAGGGUUGUGAAAGAGUAUAGUCGACCUGCUGCAGGAAAGAAAGACCCCCUGCCAAGUGACCUUCGACCUGCACAUGUACUUAAGGAGACAGUUGAUUAUUUGUUGGGGAGGGUCGCAGUCCGAUCGGACCAUUCCUGGCCAGAUUUGUACGACUUUAUCUUUGACCGGCUGAGAGCAGUCAGACAAGACAUGGUCAUCCAGAGUAUCGGAGGCCAUGAUGGAAUCGAGCUCCUGGAGAAAAUUGUCCGUUUUCAUAUCUACGCUGGCUAUAGGUUGUGCACACAGCCAAUGUCAGUGUAUGACCCUAAAAUUAAUGAUCAACAUACGCAGGAAUGUCUCAAGAGGCUUAUCUCCCUUUAUAGAGUUGUCUCCCCUGAUCAUCUCCAUCAGGAAGAAUUUGAGAGCCUCUAUCUCAUGUUUAAUCUUGGUCAGACAGAUGCUUUAAUGCACUUUUAUGAACUUCCUAAACAUGUCAGAGAUCUACCACUACUUCAGCGAGCCUACAGAAUCAGCCUUGCUCAUAUUCUGAUGAAUGCUGUACGAGUUUUGCGUCUCUCGGAGCCUGAUCAAUCCAAACGUUAUCCUCUGUUCGUAUGUGCUGCUCACAGACACCUCAGCUGUAUUCAAAGUAAAACUCUCCAUGUAUUAAGUUCAGGCUUCAAUUCCAAAUCCUUUGCCUACCCUUUGGAAAAGCUGUCAGAUCUUCUGUGGUAUGAUGAUGCUGCUCAAGCUUCAGAAAGUUGUCAACAACAUGGCUUGACGGUUACAGAACACUCAGCCGUCUUGUUUCAGCGAGCAGCAUUUAAAUACCCAGACAAGAUCUUUCACAAGCAUCACCCAAAGAUAGAUAAAAUUCUUUCCUCAGUGAAUUUAGCAGAUAUUUUGCUACAUGGGGAAGGAGUCCAAGAUGCACAAGAUGGAGUCACAUAGAGGAUAAUGUACUACUAAUUGUCCUGGGUCAAGAAUUUGCUGAAAGGAUUUUUGAAUACAUCAAGUCCUUUUAAGCAAAUGUAAAUAAUCUUGUCUUUAAAUUCUCGAUAUUGGGAUUGGAUUUGAUCUUGAUGGAGUAACUGAUAAAAUGCAUGUUUUCUGGUUUUCAAACUCUUUUUAAUUAUUGAAACAAUUUUUAAAAAGUUAUUUUAUCCUAGAAAUUAUGAUUAAAAUGUUCAAUAUUGUCUAUUUAAUUGUCCUUCUGGAAAUUGUUUUUACAGAAAAA